UUCAGCUGUCCCAUAAUGGGGGGUGCUGGCUAACAGGUUACAUAGUUUUAGUUGUACAUUACUUGCAGUAAAUGCGAGUCUAAACAGCUAAUAAAUCAUCACAAUAAUCCACAAUUAUGCUUAAAGGACUUUUCUGAAGUUGACUUUUCUGAAAACAUCUUCAUGAUGUAUUUCUUACACACAACAUUAAUUGUUGGAUUAUUUGUAACAGUAAUAUAGAUUUUAAUUCCAUGUCAGCAACAGGCUAUGUUCAUAAACUGAGUUACACAAGUUGCUCAAAUAUAAUGUAUCUUAAUAAAACAAUACAGCAAUUCAGAUUAUACAAGAUGUUUUACAUUUAAUAAAAGUCGAAAAACCUUUCCUUGUAAAAUUAAGUGAAUAUUUCUUGUGGUUUAUUGUGAGGUUUUUAUCAGCGGUUUGGAGUUGGACUCACAUUCUGACGGCACCCAUUCACUGCAGAGCAUCCAUUGGCUGUAGUGGUCAGGUCCAUGAUGUUUGAGAGGUUGACCAUGCUGAAUAUCCAGAGCACCUCAAACUGGAGUGGAGCGAAUGACUGGUACCAUCAGCAGAACACAGGUCCCAGUCAGCACAGCACUGAUGGUUGCCUGCUGGAGACGGAUGGGAGGAUGGCAGAAGAAGGAGGGCAUGUGGAAAGAGAUGAGGGAGAACUGAGGCUGCAGCUGAAGAGGAAACUUCAGCGCAACAGAACCAGCUUCACAACAGAGCAGAUCGAGGCCUUGGAGAAGGAGUUUGAGAGAACACAUUAUCCAGAUGUUUUCGCACGGGAGCGACUCGCAAACAAAAUCGACCUUCCAGAGGCAAGGAUACAAGUGUGGUUUUCCAAUCGAAGAGCCAAAUGGAGACGCGAGGAGAAGCUUCGAAACCAGAGGCGGUCUGGAGGCGGGACUUCCUGUUCUCAAACACACGCUCCACUGAGCACAUCCUUUAACUCCGCUGUCUAUCAUCAUCCACAUGGCAACAGCGCAGCAUCCAUGCUCAGUCAGAGUGACACAAUUCUCCCCGGUUACAACACUUUGUCAGUCUACUCUGGGCUUCAGUCGGCUCCUUCUCCAUCUGGCUCCUCAUACUCGUGCAUGCUGUCUCCAUCCCCAUCUGCCCCUCACUCGUUUGAGAUGUCAUACUCAUCUCUCCAUCUACCACCUCCUCCUUCAGCUAACACCAGCACAGGUUUGAUUUCUCCAGGCGUUUCUGUACCUGUCCAGGUAUCAGGAAAUGAUCAAAAUAUGGGGCAGUAUUGGGCCAGACUGCAGUAAAGAGAAAAGGCG